AUGCAUCCGCUUCGUCCACCAAUUCCUCCCAAACCGAGAUUUCCAGGUCUGUGCAAGAGUCGAGAUUUACGUGACAGUGGUAUUUCCGUUUCGGACGAACCGUCCGCAUCAAUGGAUUCGCUCAAGCGAACGGUUAGCACCUCGGAUACCGUCUCCACACCGAGCGCUGUACGUCAAUUAGCGAGCCGGUUCGAAACGAUCGCACUGCGUCAGAGCAGUCCCAAUCUGCAGCGAACUACUGGCGAUGGUGGUGAAACACCACCAGCAAUACGGAAACCAAUCCCGAAACCAAUGAUACAGCAACUCCAAACGAAAGUCGAGAGUACACUGCUGGUUACACCAUCAAAGUCUAUCCAAGUACAUCCGUUCGUAUCUUCGUCGUACGAUCGUACGAAGCUUUCGCAGCGUGCGAGCGCCAUCGCCGAAAGGAUAUACGACACCGUGUACGAAAGAAUCCAUAUGAAACAUCACGAACGCGAACCUGUUGAAACGGUCUACGAAGAGUUAGACGAGUCCACCUUAACCGAUGGCUAUUCUUCGUUUGAGUCAUCCGAUGACGAAUCUGAAGGACAGACCGAGCAAAACACCUACUACACAAUCACUCCUGAUCUGGAAGAACCGCCCGUGUACGAUACAAUUAUCCAAGAAGAUCACAUCCUCAAGGUGAUCACCGAACUGAUCGAGAAGGAACAGAAGUACAUCGAAACGCUGGACCAGGGUAUCCGUAACUAUGUACCGGCAAUGUACUCACAAACACUUCCGACCGCAUUGCGUGGCUUGCGAAACAUACUCUUUGUCAACCUGGAAGAAAUCCUUCGCACACACCGGGAUCAUCUACUGCCCGAUCUGGAGCGUGCCGCCAAUCUGUCAUCCACGACGUCAACCAACAUUGAACGUAAGGCGGAAAAGAUUGCGGAAGUGUUUCUGAGUUACAUCGAGAACGAACGGUUCUACUGUUACGUAGAGUUUGCGAUGCAUCAGGCAAAUUCGGAAGCGGUACGAUUGCGAUACAACGAUUACUUCCUGAAGAUCCAACAUGAUCUGGGAGAUAAACUGGGAUUAAACAGUUUGCUACUGCAUCCGAUUCAACGGUUACCACGGUACAAACUCCUGCUGAACGAGAUGGUAAAAGAUUUGCUAAGGAGUGGUGAUGGAAAGCGCACGAUGAGUCGAAGGACAGCGCUACUGUGCAAGGUGGACAAGCGUCUUAGUAUACUGAUCGAUCGUGUUAAUCAAGCGAUCAAUGUGCACGACAUUCGUCAGUGUAGUGGAGGUCAGAUGACAACCCAUUCAAGCUUGAAGCAUGGUUCGGACAUACCGCUCACUCUCAUACUUCAACCGGAAGGCAAUCGGAAUCCUGCUCGAGAUACACCUAUAAAUCUCCUAUACCAGGGUAAGUUUCAGCGCCUGUUCAUUGUAGACAUCUACGACACAAACGUGCGCCGGAAGUACAGUGGGAAGUUGUUUGCCUUUGAAAAGAUACUUCUGUACGUUGAGAUACAGCGCGAACGGCUAGAGUACCGAGGGCACUUCACUGACAGUGAGGUGUGCUAUCUGGAGGAGGGUAAAAAUCGACUCAUCCUUUAUGCCGGUGGUCGCGGUACGCAUGAAAUCAUCGUACAGUCGGACACAAUCACAGAACUGCAACCGCUGGUAGCUAUAGUACAUGCGAUGACAAAAGCUGUCAUAUACGACACGGUGGAGAUGGAUGAGCGUACCACUUCGCAUAUUGUGGAGGACGUGGAAGAAGACGACCAAGAUCUGCCGACUGUCAACGAAACCGAUGAUACUUGGGAUGAGCACAAACUGACCUCGACUUUGAUCGAGGCUCAACAGCAAUUCCUUGAGGUACUGAUAGCAAACCGAAGCUUCUACCUGGACACACUUAGCGCGGAGGUGAAGUCAAAAUUGACAUCUUUCAUUGGCGCUUUUGAAGCCAUAAUGGAACUUCAUCAAAAAAUUCUUCAUGAUCUUGCCCAACCGCUGAUGGAUCCCAAUAAAAUAUGUGCAUGUUUCGAUCGCUACUUAAAGACUGACGUGUUCGAUCCGUACUUCGAUUACCUUCGCGAGUUCCGGAAGGCUACCAAAUGGAUCCAGCACAGCCAAACACCUUCGAACUUUAACAAUCGUGUCGCUUCCACGGUUAAACAGUUUACGUUCCUCUGCAUCGAACAUCUGCAGGAGUACAGCCGCUUCUUUGACGUGCUAAUCGUCAAAUACUCCGAAAACAGUACACUCAAUAUCCCUAUCGAUAAGGAGCUGUUCCAGCGUUUAGCGUACGUGCUGGUACAUCUAAACGCGUACCGGAGCAACCUGACCGUUAAUUACGAGCUGUUCCUGAUCGAUGAACACGCAUCAGCAUUUGGUAUGGUGUACCACAAUGAGCGUGUUAUGAUCAGCAACCCACCACACCCUGCCGAUGCUGGACCGUGCCGUUUGUUCGUGUGUGAAAAGGCCGCCAUUUGUGUGAAGGUGCAGGACGUGGUGGAACACGAUCACCAGGUAGAACGCUUCGUGCGGGUUCUGUUCACCGAUCGCUUUCAGGGUCGUGGAGAACCGAUGCGUAUGCGCAAAAGCAAACGGCAGUUGCAGCGGCUAAACUUCCUGAUCGAUGGGGUUAAGUUUCGGAUCGAUUUCGACAGUGCUCAGGCUCAGAGCACGUUCUACAAUAGCUAUGUGAAUCGGUAUAUCAUGAUAUGAUGUUUUUUAUACUUAAACCUUGUUUUAAAGCUG